AUGGCCACGAAAUCACCACAGAAUGGCGGCAGCGGAAACGCCAACAGAAAGAGGAAGAGGGCGGCGGCGAACAAGGAGAAGCAGCUGGCCAAGGUGGAGGCAAAGGAGGAGGUAGUGGAGAAUCCGUCGAAGAAGAGGGAAUUGCCGCCGUUCAAGAACAAACAGAAGGUGUUGAUCUUGUGCUCGCGAGGAGUCACGCAUCGGUAUCGGCAUCUGAUGAACGAUAUGCGGAUGCUCAUGCCGCACGGCAAGAAGGAGAGCAAGAUGGACGACAAAUCGCACCUCGGCACGAUUAACGAGAUUGCCGACCUCAACAACUGCAACGACGUGCUCUUCUUCGAGUGCCGAAAGAAGGAGGAUCUCUACCUUUCUUGGUCCUCAAUGGCACUGCACACCAUGGAUGAGAUGAAGCUCACGGGUAACGCCAUGCGCGGCUCCCGUCCUAUUCUCUCGUUUGACAAGGGCUUCGAGGAGCAGCCUCACUGGCUCCUUGUCAAGGAGCUCUUCGUUCAGGUGUUCGGCACUCCCAAGGGCCACCGCAAGAGCAAGCCUUUCAUCGACCACAUCCUCCACUUCUCCAUCGUCGAUGACAAGAUCUGGUUCAGGAACUACCAGAUCGUAGAGAAUGAAAAGAAGGAGCGUACGCUGGUGGAGAUCGGCCCUCGCUUCGUGCUGCACCUGCACCGCAUUUUUGAUGGCAGCUUCGGCGGCCCCACGCUCUACCUCAACCCCAACUUCAUUUCGCCCAACAGAAUGCGCCAGAUGCAGAGGAAGGACGUUGCCAACCGGUUCCUCGAGAGGAAGAUCUCCAAGCAGCUCCGCGAGAAGAAGGAGGAGGAGCUCGUGUUGCCCGAGAACGAGAUCGACAACGUGUGGAAGGCCUGA